ACACAUUUUUCUUUUAUUGUUAUCAUUACGGCAUUUUGUUCUUAGCACUGUUUCUUACAAUAGUGUUUACUGUUUUCUUUCCAUUUUUCAAUACUGAGAUAUUUUUUAAAACCUGAAAAUUGCAGUAGGUGGCGCCUCAUUUUGCUUAAGUCUUUUAAUGAAUAGCAUACCUCCGCCUCUAACAUGUAGGAAACUCUAGUCUCACAGCAAUUAGUUCCAGGAUCAUUUGCACACGAAUCUUCAGAUACCAGCAGAUGUUUCUGAUGUUGGUUCUAACAUCACUUCAUGUUCGGCAGCUUUCCACUACUGCAACAACACAUCUGAGAGGAAAAGCCUGAAGGAAAAUGUUUUUUUGUGGCUUGACGGUGGACUGAGAGUUUCAGCUCACAGCCUGGUGGCUCACUUUGCGGCAGACAGGGUGGAGGGAGCGGGUAGAAGAAUGGAGUCUAGGGAAGGCACACCCUCACCUUUCAGGCCAUGCCCCAAGGACUCCUCCCUUCUAUAAGGCCACACCUAAACUCUAUCACCUGAUUGCCCAUCCAAUUAUGAACCUACCAGUUAUAGAGGACAUUUUCGCAUCCUCAACUUGGUCCAGGAAGGUUAUAUUAUUGUAAUCUUAAGGAGAAGUUAUUGGAAUUCUAGUGAGUUAAUUCCAAUCUAUCACUUUCAGUGCAACCCAUGACAAGAAAAAAAAGCAUACAUAUAUGCAGUUGUGAGGAGUCAGAGGUCCUAAGUCCAGCUGAGAUGGUGUUCACUAUCUCACCCAAAGCCCAACCUGGGUUUUAAUUCUCCAUGAGGGGAGUGGCUUGGGGAUGAGUAGCAGGAAAUAGGUGACUGCUGUGAGCUGGGCUAAGGAAGACACCUGAGAUCACCUCUUCGAUAUACAGAGGGCAAGAAACACAGAACGAUCUGCGUAAAUAACUGAGAUAGCAUCUAGUAACUGGGGGUCCUGCUUCAGCUCUGAGGCACAAUCCUUUUUGUUCUGCAAAGUCACAGCCUCUUUCUUGGGGCUCCAUCCCAGCCGACAGCAUGGAUGGAACACAGCUCUCUAUCCUGCCCAGCUCAGCCAUGUAUUUGGGGAAGUCACUGGGCAGGAUGACACUGACCUGUCACUUUGCUUCAGAGAUUACAUACCAGCUCCUCAACCAGCCCAAUUUUUGAUAAACUUUUCCUAGUAAAUGUGGAAGCCUGGUUUUUAAAUGUAACUUUUGUUCCAUCAUAGGCCAUGACCUGCUCUUGUAGUAUUACAUCAUGUAGUUCUUACCUGCCUAUGAGCAAUUUAUCUGAAGUCUGCUUUUAGCCUUCCUGGCGUUACCAUCAAGUAUCUGAAAGUGGUUCUAGGUCAAAUUUGAAAUGCCUCAUCAAAAUGUUUCACCUUGGGGCAGAUCCAGAAAACAAAACUAAAACGUAAUCAAACUGUAAUAAUCUUGGAACGGAAGUAAAGAAUGUCACUGCUCGCUAAUUUCCGCCCAGAUGUAAGCAGAGGUCCUAGUUUCAGUUUUAUUAAAAUGUCUAUCCUUCCUCCCCAGACUGCGAUCCAAUGCAACUGAGCAGCAUUCCUUAAACACAGCUGGUCAAAGCCCACGCAGCCGGAAACUGGAAGAACGCGGCAUCCGGAAGUCCCUCCCUCCGCAUGCGCCCUGGAUGGCGGGCGGGUUGUGGGCGGAGCUGCGCACGCGCCGUGGGACGCGGAACCGCUCAGAGCUGAUGGCCUCUGAAACCGAGCAUCGUUCCCUGGGAGUGUUCGAGUGCCAGCUCUGUGGCCUGACGGCACCCUACAGCUAUGUAGGGCAGAAGCCCCCCAACACCCAGUCUGUCGUCCUCCUGGAGGAGAGCUACGUCAUGAAGGACCCCUUCUCACCAGACAGAGACAGGUUCCUGGUCCUGGGUGCACGGUGCAGCAUAUGCGGCAAGCUGGCAUGCGUGGGCCCGGAAUGCAGUCUGUUCUACUCCAAGCGGUUCUGUCUCCCCUGCGUCCGGGAGCACCUCAGCGCCUUCCCACCGGAAAUCCGGCAGGACCUGGAGAAGAAGAAAGCCCCCUCCUCCUCAGGGCCCUCCGGCCGGGCCUGCCCCAGGAGCUGAGCGUGGCCUGCCCAGGGCCAGCCUUGUUCCUGGGAGCCCAUCUGCAGCCAGGCAGGCUGGGUGCCCCAAGACAGGCGUGGGCCGGGUACAGCGCUUUGGCCCCAGCACCUCCUGGGUGAGCACAGCAGCGGCAAAAGUCACCAUGGGUGUGUGGGGGGCAGAGGCAGGGCAGGGGGUUGGCUUCAAGGAAAUCUGUGCCAGCAGUGGCCUUGGCAGGGGUUCAUGUAAGCCCCUGGGAAAGAUUACACCAGUGGUUCCGAGGCCUUCACACCCUGGAAAUCCUGACUGUGUUAAUCUGGAACUCAGAGAACUCAGAUGUUCUGCAAAGCAGUCCUCCCACCCAGCCAGCACGUGGAGACCCGUGUCCCGUGGGUGGUGGAUGGUUGUGACCCCGUGGCAGCUGUGGAUAGUCCCCUGGGCACCCCUAGCUCAGGGCCAGUUCCCUCCUGUCUCCCGUGGCCCAGUCAGGAGUGCGUGGGCCUCCUCAGCUCGUAGGACCCCUCACCAUCUCGGACACGGCCCCCAGCUGGCCAGUGUUUCUGAGUCCCCGGCCCUGCGCGGUGGCAUCUGUAGCGUGCAGGUGUCAGCUUCACAUCGGCUGAGGAUUAGCUGCUCUGUGGCACUUUACGGUCCCUGCAGGGUCACUCUCGUUUUUGAUGAAAGACGGAUAAAGAGCUUUUCCUCACAA